GGGCUGACUGGAGACCCGAGUCCUGCAGGAACAGAGACGGUACCGGCAGCUCGGAGGCUGCAGUUCCUCCAGUUCCUCAGCAUUUCACCUGGAAUACCUGCUGGUUCUGGUUCUCGGAGGCUCCAGUCCCUCAGACCAGAUCAGACCAGACCAGCCUCAGCACUUCACCUGGAAUACCUGCUGGUUCUCAAUCUUCCUUCAGAGGAAGAUGAGCUGCAUCCCGGCCUCCCACAGCAUGAACAUGCUCAGUCAGGUUGAACCUCAGAUGGAGGACGGUCCGGCUCAGAGAAGAGGAAGCAGAGCCUAUCAGAUCUUUCCGGAGACCAACUCCAGCGAGGAGUCGGACUAUCCAGAGGAUUUCCAGUACCGACGGGAACGUCUUCCCUCCAUCGUGGUGGAACCGACCGAGUUCAGCGAGCAGGACGGAGGGCUAGCACGGUCGUCACGGUGUCAGGCUAGCGGGGACGAGGACGGACCAACGGAAACAUCGGUGGAGGAGCAGGAGGAGGAAACGGACAAGAGUUCGGUGAUCAGGAAGUUUUCCAUCAGUCCGUCCCAGAGUCCGGUGUCCACGUUCCACCUGACCCCCCCGGCCUCCCCUACAGCUGCUGAAGAGGCCCCGCCCUGCCUGAGGAACUGAACCGGUUUAACCAGGCCCUGCACUGCAAAGACUCAAAAUCUUAACAAGAAUAUUUAUUUCUAGUUAAAAUCGACAUUUCAACUUUUUUCAUACAAUUUUGACUUUUUUUCUCAAAAUUUCAAAAUUUUCAAAAAAGAGUCAAGAAAACUUUUUUUUUUUUUCUUCCGGCUCUGGACGAAGGCGGAAGCUUUUCUGUUCCACUGGUCUCUCAGCACAAUUGACCACAUUUUUGCAACAAGAA